UCCUAAGUUCUCAAUACAAUUUAUUCUAAAAUCAAGUCAAUCUACACUCAACACGGUUUGUUUUUCCACGAAGGUGGUUUGGCGUGGUCGUAGAUAGUCCCUAGUACCAUCAGGACUCCAGUGUAGCACAAGAUUAUAGUGGUAGCGUACAGUAUGCGAUCACAGAAACCAGCCUUCAGCCAUAUCGGUCUACCAUCUUCACACUGAAACUCUGCCUGUAGUUUUUUCAUUUUGAUCAAAGACCGUGGCUCGCACAAAGCCUUUGUAGUGCAAAUUCCUCGAACGAACAACGGUCUUAUGGUAGAAUUCAGUAAAGACAUCCUGAGUUUGAAGCAAGAUAUAAUUUUCGGAAGAUCGAAUAUCACGUUACGAUUUAAAAAAAACAACUCCGCGUCGAAAUGAUUUUGCUGUCAGCUGUCGAAUUACAUUAUUAUUGACAGACAGCGAGACAGCCAGUUCGAAAUUGAUUUCAAGAUCGUGUCCAAGGAAGUUAUAGUGAUCAUACCAUGCUCUAAGACUCAUUUAUCUAAGUUAUAAUUUUAAUAUUCCCAAAUUUUUUUUUCCAAAAUACUAAGUAAGAAGUGGUAAGAAUAUAAAUGAUUAGAAAUCACUUAACCUUAUUAUGUUUUAAAUAAUUUAUUUUAAUUAGGACCAUAAAAUACUGUUGUUUUAUUUUGCCGAAAAAUCUCCUGAUUUCUCCCAAUUACCGGAUUUUAAAAUUUUUCAGCACUGAUUUAUAGAAAAUUUAAACAGAAUAUUUAGUAUAAGGAUAACAUAAAUAUUUUAGUAAGUGCAAAUAUUUUUAUUUUUAUUGAUUUGUGUACUGCUUAGAUUGUAAUUACAUUAAAAUGUAACUUAAAGAAUUAUAGCGUUUAUACCAAAUAUUUGAGAAUAUAAAAAAAUAUUUGUUUCUUAGGUUUUCACGCACAUCACUCAUUAAAUAAAACUAGUUUUUACUAUAAAAAAAACUAAUGUAAUUUUAUGUAUUGCAAUUCUUGCUCGUUUUAAAAUAUUUUGUAACUCACAAUAUAUCCGACUGGAGGACUCUGUAUCCAGGUCAUGAAUACAUUAUAAAAUGAUUUUUGCGUGGAGUUUUUGGCGGGAUUUCAUCGAGUGCGGUUGGCGUCUUAUUUUAAUUAUUCUUAAAUUCGUUCAUAGUGGAUAUUGUGAAAUAAAAUUUGUGUGUUUUUGUGUUACAAUAGUCUGCGCAACUAAAGAAUUAGUGGAAUCUUUAAAAUAUACACUAUACUGGUCAAGUGGGGUUGAGAACUUUAUUGUAGUGUUUACUACCUCACAGAAGCUUAUCGAAAAAGCCAACUCGAUACAUUUCGUGCCAAACAGUCAAAGAAACAUUAGAAUGCGUCACAUCGACAUAGGCUGUAUGAGUAUUGUUCCCUUUGCCUUCCCUAAAACGAGAGAAACUUAAAAAAAAGUGUGCGUUCGUUUUAGACAUGGGCGUUUUUGGUUUUGAACGCAAACGGAUAUUUAUCGGAUUUCAGAUUUCAAAAUCGAUUUUAAAAUCCGUUUUUAGAUAUUCGAUUUCAGAUGUGCCGAACUUAGCCAAUUCACUGGUUUGUGUUAUGAUUUGGUUUUAUUAGCUAACGACAAUCACAAACAAUUAAUUGUACGAAGCAAUGAUACUCGUAGAUUUGCGCGAUUUUCCUUUAUGCUUUAAAUCUAGGCUUAGGCAAGAGUAUAUAUUCUGUGGCUUAGGACUAGCAGAAAAGUUAUCUUUACGGAUAAAAGUAAAACUUUUGCGGCGCAUUUAAAAAUCGGCUUAUAUACAAUGAUUUCUUUUUACAUAUUUUUUUAGUAUUUUUUUUUGUUUUUCUGUUUGUUUUUAUUAUUUUUCAAACCAUUUACAAAAUCAAACCUAAUUACUUCAGGUUAGCGUUCAAAAAAAUGUUAGUUGCUCGACUUUUGAUGUUUUUAGACGACAUCUUUUUCAGUAAUAAAUAAUCCCGCCUUAGAGAAGAACAAUAGAUUUCCGUAAACAGCAAACCGAAAUCGGACUUCCGAGCACGAAAUCGGACUUCAGAAAACGAAAGCACGAAUUUCGAAUCCGAUUUACAUUUGGAUACUUGUGGUGGUAUUAAAUCGCUAGCGUUUUGGUUCGGUUAGAUUUCUGAAAUCGGAUUUUCUUGUUGAGAAAUCGUUCGGUAUCGAUUUGUGUUUGAAAUCGGAUUUUGGAUUCGUUUUGACAUAUCGGACGCAUGCCUAGUUCGUUUACUUUAUUCGAUGUUUACGAAUAACUCGCAUUCUUUUCCAGUUUUGUGUAAUUUUGUAUUGUAUUUAUGUUAUUUAUUGUCUAGAUAAUACAUCAAAUAAUUAACUAAGUAUGGAUUCAUCGGAUUCGGAAGACGACUGCUACGGAAACGUAGCGCAAAAGCUACAAGCAAUGAAGAACAAAUACACAGAAGAUAAGAUAGACACUACGAAUCUUCUUAACGAAUCUGCUGAAUUGGACGAGCUCCUGAGCAAAUACGCUAGAACCCCAUCGGAGACAGCUCCAACGGCAUCUUCAGAGGUAAUUGCUUGUGGUGAAGUAAGCGUCGACAAUGAUUCCGAAGAUGUUUUGAUUGAUACUUUGUUAGCUUCGUCUUCGAAAAGAACGACUCGUGCUGCCGCCAAAAGGAACUCCUCAAAUGUCAGUAUAGCAGAAGAGGCUCCGAAAAAGCAAUCACGGAGAAAAACCGUCAAUUCCAAUGUAGUUACUAAUGCUAAUGUUGUAAAUACGGAACAGUGUAAUAAUCAAAGCAAUCGCGGAAGAGGAAGAGGUAAGAGCAGAGGCAGGAAUAGGAGAAGUAGAGGAAUGUGGUUGCCUACCAAUCCCACAAACCGAACUAGUUCUAUCUCGUACGACUUACCAAUAUACAGUGUAGGUAACACACACGAAUACCCUGACCAGUCAGACAGUCAAGCAUUAUUCAGCACAAGCUCAAAGUGCAGUGACGUUGUCUUAAUCGAGGAUGACGAACUGGACGAAAAUGAAGAAAUGUCUGUGAAAGUUUACUGGCAAAGUUCGGAAUACUUCAAGUUCAUGAUAAGACGCUUUCAGAAGUUAACUCAGAUAUUUGAUUACUUCUCUAAGAAAGAGGGUGUGAGCAACGAACAACUAUUUUUUACUUUCAAAGAUAGGAUAUUGAAGCCUGACGAUACACCAGAUUCUAUUGACUACAAUAUAGCAAAGUUUAUAGACGGCGGAAUCAUCAAACAGAGUGUAUCAAAAUUAUUGGUUAAUAAAAAUACUAAGAGCAAUUUAAAAACAGAUGGUAUAAGAAUUAAAUUCCAGUGCCAAAAUGUUAAAAAACUUUUUGAGACUGUGGUCGGUAUGGAUGAGAAAUUAUCUAUAGCUAUGAUGAAAUGUACCGAGUAUCUAGAAACAACGAUAGACAGAUUGAAAUUUGAAUUUGAUGGUGAUCCUAUAUCUGGUAAAAAUACUCCAAAUGAAUUAAAUCUGCAAGAGGAUGAGUGUAUUGAUGUUAAAAUUAAAUAACAAAGAAAAUUAUUUCUUAUAUUGCGACUUUUAUUUAUUAAUAGUUAUUAUUAGCCAUUUUACACCAAAACGCAACGCGCGCGGAAUCGACAGACGGAAACUGAUAAGCUCAACUCGAGUUGUCAACAACAUGUUGUUGUAACUUUUGUAAGUUAGUGUUAAGCUUGCAGUUGGAACGAAUAAACGUCUCCAUUAAAAAUAAAUUGUAUUUUUAAAAAAUCCUUCGGCUCGCCCAUGUCUUAACUAGGUAUAGUAUGUACAUAAACAAAAAUAAUCACUAACACUACAAACAUAAAAUGGAUUUAUAACAAAACAAUGAAAUGUUUUCAACCGUAAACAAUCGUUGUUUAUGGCUGUUCAGCUGUUAUCAGGACAACCGCCUUUACAUCUGAUUGUAUAGGUAGGCCGUAUUUGUGAAAAUAAAGAAACUACUUACUUUAAAUCGCAUGACAAAACGAUUAUUUGAUCAAGAAGCUGAUAAGUUUUAGAACAAAAUAUAUAUUAUAUUUAACAAAAUGUUACUGGCCAGCAUUAAAUUACUUCGAUUGCAGCCGAAAGAGUUCGAACCUAUCUCUAUACUAAAAUUCAUCAUAUUAAAUUCAAGAAUUGGGGUGUGUGAAAAACAGAUUUAAUUGAAAUCGUAACAAAGUUGGUACCACACUAAAAUUAUAAAGGCGAAAGUUUGUGAGUGUGUAUGUUUAUUACUUCUUCACGUCUAAACGGCUAAAGCGAUUUUAAUAUGGUAUAGAGUUAGCUGACACCCCUGGAUUAUCACAAAGGCUGUAAAUAUAGACUUGUUUUAGUGACGUAUGUGUUUUGUGUGAAUUAGUAUCGUUUACACGAGUCCGAAAUGUCAUUGUCAAAUGUGUACUGAUUUUUAGUUCUUGUUACGUACUUUGUGCCGCUGCUGUUCAAAGGAGAAUGGUCAUUUUACUUUGGGAGUUGGGCUAAGUUUUUUUCAUUGCGUCUUAUUGGAAUAAGUGUACAACAAUAGGGAAUCAGGUGUAUAUUGCGUAGGAAAAAUAUCAUUAGAAACUUAAGUAGUGGUUUAAAGAAAAUAUUAAAUUACGUAAGCAUUUUAAGGUUAUGUCAUAUUUAGAUUCGAUUAAAUUCGAUAUUUAUACCAUACUUAAUUAUUACUAGGUAUACUACUUUAAACUGUAUUUAAUUAGGUUGUGACCUUUUGUCUUCUAUUUUGGACUGGGAGUGAAACAAAAAUUGAAUGCACUUCGUAAAAUCUUAUCAACGGGCAGCGUAUAUUUGUUAACUGUUGCGUUGGUGAGCUGCUAUCUAUCUCUAUUUAUUCCAAACAUCUCAGAUUCAAUAAAUGUGGCGUUGUUGAGGUGCGGUUAUAUUAGUGCUAUUUAUACUUAUUCUCUUUACGCUCAAGCUGCACCUUUGAUGCUCUGUUAACCCAACAAUGGAUAUAAUAUUAUUUAAGGUUUAGGAAUCAAAAAUAAAUAAGACG